ACGCUACGUUGCUCAGCUCAGCUCCCGGCCGUCUUCCUCAAGUCUCAACCAUUGCCGCGUCCACUACAAACGUUGCUAGCUCCUUGCUCUUCCUCCCACCGCCGAGCAACCACCGGUCCACUCUUAUAUAUACCCCCACCUCCCUUUGCGCCAUUAUCCACCACCACAACCACCAAGAACUUCGAUUCCUCCGCUCCUUGAUCACAGAAUACCAAAUUCCAUGCACGUCUCUUGCAUAGCUCUAGUAAGUCUAUAGAUGGAUAGGCAAAGUGCGAUGCAGGGCGGCAGCGCUGGUGCCGGCUCCGGUGCUGCCGUGCACGAGUGGUUCAACGACAGCGCCGGCGGUCAGCCGGCCGAGCAGGCGGCCGUCGUCGACGGGGCGUUCCUCAUGGACCUGCUGGAGGACGCAUCGUCGGCCGCGGACCAGGCGCCGGAGGACGUCGACGACCGGCUGAGCCGCGUCAUCCGGUCCCUGGAGGCUGAGAUCGGUGGCAGCGGCGGGGCGGCGCCCUUGGCGCCGGCAGACGGCAGGAGCACGGCGGAGCACGUGCCGGCAGGCGACGUUGGUAGCGAGGGCCUGGAGGAGGAGUGCGCGCUCUCGGACGACCUUUACAGCGCCCCCGGAACUUGUGUGGCCGAGGUGCCGUUCGAGUACUGCUGGACGGAGGUGCCGCUGGCGGUGGGGCAUGACAUGGGCGGCUUGUACGUCGACGGCGACGGCCUCGUCGUGGGGUACGAGUUCAGGGAGCAGUGCUAUUACGGUUACAAUGACAGCCCACACGUCGAGCGUGAGUACAGCCCCUUGUGGGAAUGAAUGAUAAAAUCUGCGAGAACAGGUGUACUAUAUAUGAGUUCAAGUUGGCCGCAAGCUAUCACAUUGCGAUAGUGGAGGCCGGUUUCCCCUUAUCUAAAAAAAAAUAUAUGAGUUCAAGUAGGCAAAUCGAUAUAUCUCUAAAAUACAGCUCAAAUUAUUGGGAUCCUUAAUUUUUUUUCUUCAAUGAUCAACUAAGGUUUGAGCUGUAAUAUGCAACUUGUUUGAAAAAAAAUUA